AUGGAAUGUAAUAAUAUUCAGAUAUACAAGGAAUUUGAAAAUUAUGACUUUAACAAUGACGCGAAUUUUCAGUCCGGGUUAUCCUCAAUUCUUAAUGAGAACAAAUCAAAGGAAGAAAUGGAAAGUCUUGUGGAAAGGGCCAAAUGGUUUUAUUAUUCAAUAGUCGCUCAAAAAUUUGAUUACGAUGAUUAUCUUGCGUGGAAAUCGAACGAGUCACCGAUAUCCUCAUCCUCGGUGUCAGAGGAGAAGCCGAUGCCUAGUUCGGCACCGGUGACAGCCAUGAACAGUGAAAAUGAUAACGCACAAAAUCGGGACAAAAAUGAAACCCCGCAAUAUCCGAGAUCCUUUGCGCAAUUGGUUGAAAUGAUUUCCAAUAACCAACCAAUACCAGGAAUCAAAAAAAUUCCCAAUGAAAUUAACAAAGGCACACCAUCCAAUCCUACUUUGAAACCAAGACCAAAACCUUGGGAAAAACCACCACCCACCACAAAUUCUAAUUGA